GUCACGCGCUGGGAUAGAGCUUGCCAAAUAUUACUGAGAGUUCUGGCCCUUUGACUGUAAUUUACCCUUUAGUGGCGCUGCAGAUGUGACAUUCAAUGUUUGAGUAAAAACAUGGCCCAAGCUCUAUUCGAAGCACUUGCUGGUGGUGUCACCUGCACAGUGGACAAUCAGACAGCCGUUGCUGUUCAGUCUCUCCUUGACUCUCAGAGCAUACCAUCAGGUGCUGACACACAAGACUGUCUUUCAGCAGAAGAGGAGGAUUUGUUCCAAUGUGGGAAAUGCAAGAAACAAUUUACAUUGCUGCCAGCCUUUGUAACUCACAAGCAGACACGAUGUACUGCCAUUGUUACAUCAUCCCCUUCCAGUGUGCGUGUCAGUGUGGAUGGAGGGAUCCCACAGACUGUUGUCACUUCAUUCACUUCAACAAUGCCUGUAGCAGCAAUUCCUCAGUCGCUGGGAGGGUACAGCACAACAUCUGUGCCCUCCUCACCAGUUCCACAACCAUUGGCACAAGGGAUGGUUCUCAAUGAUGACCUGAUGACCUUUGCAAGCCUGGACCACAAUCUUCAAUCACAGACUCUGCAGAUGGUAACAACUCCCCUGACUAGCCGUGCUGGUUCUGGGAAUGUCUCCAUACUUAGUCCUGUGAAUACAGUGCCUUCAUUCUCCUCCAGUGGCUCGGCCUUCACCAACACAAUUACUUCUAACCAAGUGCACAUACAGCCAACACCACAGAUCACCAUUACCCCAGUUCACACAGAAAAAACACUGGUCAAUGUUGCUAAACCAAGUCCAACAAAAGCAGGUAGAAGAAGUGCACAAUCUAGUGUUCAGCAGACCGUUAUGAAUGGGACAGACGGCCAGGCAGUAAAUAAGGCACGGAAACAAACAAAACUUGCAGCUCAACAAGCCGAGGACAGCUGCUCCUCUAAGAAGAGACUCCGCUGCCAGUAUUGUGAUAAGAUGUUUGCUAAGAAUUUUGACCUACAGCAGCAUGUGCGGGCCCAUACAGGGGAGAAGCCUUUCCAAUGUAUUGUCUGUGGGAGGGCAUUUGCUCAGAAGUCUAACGUCAAGAAACACAUGGCAACUCACAAGGUGUGGCCUUCUGGGACAGUUGCAACCCUGCCUAAGCAACCUCCUCCUGCUGCUGUUGUGGAUAGUGAUAACACGCCAGAUCCAACGCCAGUGGACACAAGUCAACAACUUCACUAUAAGGGUGGAGGUGUGAGUGGUGAUGAAGAUGCAGUAGGAUCAGGUGCAGACACUGAAGGGAAGGUGAAGGUCGUUGUGGACAGCUCUUACCUGUGUCAGUACUGUCCCUCCAAGUUCAAAACAUACUUCCAGCUCAAGACACACAUGGUGCAGCACAAACAACAACAGGUUUACAAGUGUGUGAUGAAAAACUGUGGAUGUACAUUUCUGGAUUUGGAUUCAUUUUUGGAGCAUACAAAGACCCAUGAAGAUGAAAUGUCAUAUCGAUGUCAUAUGUGCAACAAAUACUUUUCUUCAUUAUAUGAACUGGGUGUUCACCAGUACAGUCACAGCCUGUAUCCAAACCAAGGGCCUAAGCCUGGACCAAGGCAUUUCCAGUGCACAAAGUGUAUGAACAAGUACUCUACGCCUGAAGCACUGGAGCACCACAUGGCCUCGACCACACACAGCUAUGGAUGUCCUCACUGUGACAAGGUGUUCGCGUGUGAGAGAUAUCUACGACGCCACCUCCCCACACAUGGAACUGAGGGUCAGUUUGAAUGUUCAACUUGCAAAAAGAGAUUCAAGACGGAAAACUACUUAAAGACGCACACACUGAUUCAUACAGGAGAAAAACCAUAUAGGUGUGAUACAUGCUCUGCAUGUUUCAACCGGAAGGACAAACUCAAGCGCCAUGUCCUUAUACACAAUUCUAUCAAGAAAUACAGAUGUCCAUUCAGAUCACUCACAGGUUGCCAGAAAGAAUUUAACAGACCAGAUAAGCUUAAAGCACACAUAGUCACACACAGUGGUAUAAAACCUUUUAAGUGCAAGGAAUGUGGCAAGGGGUUUAGCCGUAAGCCUCAUCUCCUUGAACAUGAACGUGGACACAAAGCAGACUAUAAGUUCAGAUGUGAAAGAUGUGGGAGAGGUUUUUUCCGGCCAAAAUUAUUUCAUGAUCACAAAUGUCUUCCACAAAAAGAUGGUAUAGAGCCUCAAGUUUUCCGACCAAGAAAUCGCAGAAAAAUUGGCCGGCCUAAAAAGCGUAUGAUAACUGUAACUGCUGAACGUGUGCGUGAGUCUAGAAUGGGCAACAGUCGUAUGAGAGGAAAGGAGAGAAGGCCAUCUUCCCAGUCUGUUGGUGAAUCUUUGAUAACUGAAGUAAGUCUUCACACACAGAAGACAUCAACACCCAUUGCUGUCCUAGACAAGGUUCACGCUGUUGCUGUUACUGGUGGAGAUGAAGUUGUUAGUUUUGCAGACAACAAGCAGCAGAUAACAAUGACAAGUGAUAAGCAUUUAACCUUAAAGUCAACAGACUCAGCAAAUGAGGCCAUGUUGGAUCAUUAUGUUGUACAUUUGACUGAAACUGUGCAUGAAAAUGGACCAACAAUUCAAACAUUUAUCCCUACUGUGUCUGGAGGUCAGGUGCUGCAUACUACAGAGAGUGCAUCUGGCAACCUCCAGCCCAUCACUAUCAUUGAAGCUCAGCCAGUUCACAUGACCGUCACCAGUGCAGAUCCAAACCAGCUGCAGGAUGCUGCUGGGCUGCCCAUGAUGACUGUGAGCAGGGGUGAGGGAGAUGCUGUUGUGGCUACUCAAGUUGUUGUAACAGAUGCAAACAGUGGUGAACAUACCUUUGUCACAUGCCCUGCUCAGUUAGUUGACUAUGGACACACUCUGACGGAAUCUGUGUAGCAGAGGGGUGAAACAUAUUCCUUCAUACUGUCAUUCUAAUGUUAUUCACAUGUGUACAUACCAUACAGUAUUUAUGUUUAAACUACAUACAUUACUUCAUUAUAUAUGAGCGUAUGAGCUGGUUUUAAGGUCAAUGUAUUUAUCAUCAUCUGGUUGUCACACACUUUUAUUAUGCGUCCAGUGAAAUUGUAUUGAAACACUGAAUACACUCUCAUCUACAAAACCUACCAAGCUCCAGGUUCCGGUAUACAUGGUAUACACACUGAUGACACACGGGACACCGUUCAAAUGGAGUUCUGACAGGUAAAUGCAAUACUAUGUUCUUGAAAGCCUUACCCAGGUAUAUGUGUGCAUCUGUCCUGUUGUUAUUGUUGUAACAUGUUGAAAAUACAUAUAUAUUUGGCAUAUUUUUCAUUGUUACAAUUGUUCUCUUCAAACUCA